UAUUUCACAAGCUCGCAUGCUCUUCCGUGAUCCGCGUGACUGAUGCGAGUUAACAGCUGACUAUUUUCCAUUACGAAUGGCUCGCGGAUGAUCUAGAUCACUCCUGUGUCACGCAAACUACUGUGCGUGGAGAGGCAGACAUGGAACCCGCGUGUGUGGACUCAAGGCAGCAAUCUCACGUUAUAGACGAAUCCGACUAUUGGUCACUUGCACAAUGAAAUAUCCAUAUCAAUCGCUUAUUAGAAAUGAUGAAAUUCCUCAGAUAUAGCAUUUAAAUCAUUAAAAAUUAUGACCGAAGCAGGGGAUGGUCCUACCCGCAGGCAUGUGCUUUGUUCGAAGGGCUUCUUUAAAUCUUCUAACAUACAGUGCAGUCUUUUUUAAGACACUAAUUGGACCGAACGGUUCCUCCUAUUACUGCUCUGGGAUGACCACCAUAAAGCCAGUCGAACUUUUUUCUCAUCCUCUACAGCUCUUUAGGUAUUUCGCAAAGGCGUUUUGUGCUUAUUUUUUUUCUCCCUUCACUUGCUGUGGUGACGUCCCGAGACCAUGUGAUCGUGAGGCUGGUAUAUAGAGGCAGGAUAGAACCGCCCUCUUUGGAAUUCUAGUUUGGCCUUUUUCAGGUCUGCCCCACUGUAUCUUAAAUUAGCGUACGGAUGCUGCCUCCUCCUCUGCCAUUUAGUGCAGAGAAACUACAUUACAGGCAGACUCCCCAAACCUAUGGCACAGGGGAGGCCCAGGACCAGUUCGGCUCUCCUCUGCUCUCAUCGCAUCCUAUGAGCUUUCCCAACAGUGGACACAUAGACAGGGUAAGCAACACGCGAGUCUUAUCUCCGCCGUAGCCCCCGGGAGCACGCGGCCGAGAGAGCCAUGACUUUGAGCUCCGAUAUGUCGGAUGCCUCCGUGCUCUCGGAAGAGACCGACAUCGAUGUGGUAGGUGAGGGCGAAGAUGCAGACAGUCACACGCGCUCCUACGUGGAUGAGGUGGCAGAGAUGCAAGACGACAUCCUGCUGUCCGCUUCACCGCCGUGUGGAGACUCGUCUGUCGCCCGGGAUCCGUACAAGCCUGCUAAGAACACCCUGGUGAAGCCUCCGUACUCCUACAUCGCCCUGAUCACUAUGUCAAUCCUUCAGAGUCCCAAGAAGCGCCUGACGCUCAGCGAGAUCUGUGACUUUAUUAGCAACCGCUUUCCGUACUACCGGGAAAAGUUCCCUGCGUGGCAGAACUCCAUCCGCCACAACUUGUCACUUAAUGACUGUUUUGUCAAGAUCCCGCGGGAACCAGGGAAUCCGGGAAAGGGUAACUACUGGACUCUGGACCCAGAGUCGGCCGACAUGUUCGAUAAUGGGAGCUUUCUCCGGCGUCGGAAGCGUUUCAAGCGCCAGCAAGCGCCGGACCUGCUCCGAGACCACGGUGGUUUUCUUCCCGCUGCGGCUGCAUACGGUUAUGGGCCCUAUGGCUGUGGCUAUGGGCUUCAGCUUCAGUCCUACCACACGCACUCGGCAUUGUUCGCUUUCCAACAGCAGCAGCAGCAGCACCAGCAGCAUCCGUCCCGCCACUCUCACGGCGGAACCCUUAUCCCCGCUCCUUCCCUUAUGCCAACGACCACGGAGCUGGCCAGGACCCGUUUCUACCCCCCUCUCAGCCCCAACCUCUCCUCCCCCGUACAGACUACGGUUAAGUCCAGUUCUCCGGUCCACCGAUCCCCCUUCUCCAUAGAGAGCAUCAUCGGGAGCUCAGUGAGCCCCGCGCACUCGCACUGUGCCUCGCGGACUUCUCCGGUGAUUCCGGUGUUACCGUCCUCACUUGCGACGCAGCAUUCGCCAAACCCGCCGCCCCCGCUACCGGGAGUAGUGCAUGGUGGGACAUCAUUGCACACAGUGGUCGAGAACUUUUCCAACCGGAUUGUCAGCGGCACUAGCGGCUGUUAAUUGCUUGUGUAACUUCAAAGUUUUAAAGAGACAAAAUCAAAAAACGCCCCUGUGUUAAAGGUAGGAUUAUUUUUGUAUUGUUCUUUCUUCGUUGCAAACAGCUGAAUGAAGGACGUUAACACUACUCGUGCCUAUAUUCAUGCUGUGAAAAAAAAUAUAUAAAUAUAAAUAUUUAUGUUAACAGUUUAGUGUUCGCCUAAUUUCUACCCCCACGAACUUUUUACGUUAUUAAAAGUGAUACGUAAAUCACUGUCUAGGGCGCCUCAGGAUAACGACAUUAUUAACAGGUUAUUAAAAUGUCACUUGUUUAAAACAAUGUAUUUUGUGUCAAAACAUCGAUGUUUUUCUAGUUUGACAAAUUGAAACAUUUUUUCCUGUUUUGAUUUGUUCUUUGUUAUGAAAAAAAAACGAAGUUGAAAGGCAAACAAUUUUUAUGCAGUGUGUUUCCGUAAUAAAGCAUUGUACAUUCUUUGGCAAGUAUUGUAUACUCGGAGUGUGAUAUUUUUACACGGUUUGUUUUUCAACAAAAUAAAUAUUGUUUAACUAAAAAUGAAAA